GUAACCAGAAAUCUUCUUUUCAAUAUAAUUAGUCGCAAUUACUGGCUCUUCAUACUUUAUCAUCUCUUUUUAUCGCCAUAAUUCUCAGUGUACCUUGCAUUCAAAACAAUGACGAGCUGCUGUCAAUUACCCAGGUGUUGUCGUCUUUUGCGUCGUAUUGUGAUGCAUAAUAUUAAAAAGGCUAGCUGGUAUGCGAUAUCCUCUGACGUAAUAUCUUUUAUAGUACUUCCUUUCUUCUUGAUAACUAGCGCUGUCGUAUACGAGUAUACUUAUCUCAGAGUAGUAGCUGGUAUUUACUCCUUUGUUGCUCUACUUGCUGCCACCCACAUGUUUUUCAUACCAGUUAAAAGAGCAUUAGCCGAGGCAAAAGAAAGGCAAUCUGCAGAUAGAUCGAGAAUUGAUAUAGAAGCUUCUGAAACUGUACCAAUGGACCAGGUUAUUGAACCCGUCCAAAGAUCUACUUUAUUUUGGACUGAGGCGCUUAGGAAUUAUCCAUAUCCACAUUGGCUUCCAUCAUCUCCUGCUGCCACUCCUAGUUCAGAAUCCGAUACAUUGAAGAAGAUUCGUCUGCAUAAUGAAAGAUUAGGUGCCAAGCCAGGGUCACAUUCUGAUGUUGCGGAGACUUCUUUCAUUAGGAAUGUGGAAAGUAGUGAAGUUGAAGGCAAUUUGCAAGUGACGCACAGAAGUCUCCAUCCAACAAGAACACCCGAGGAAGAAUCAAAUCCUUCAUCACAAAUUGUCACUGAAGCUGAAGUUUAUAGACCAAACACUGGCGGAAUGGAGAAAGUUCACGAGAUAUAGCGUCGAUUUGGCUUUAGUCUUGUUUUAUUUUUACUUUUUUUGGAAAUUUCAAAUGCAAUCUUUAAUUUUAUUUAGAUAAUCUGAGAAAUAACUUAAUCCUUCAUCGCUUAUUGUCACUGAAGUUAAGUUUACGGAACAAACUCUGGAGAAAGUAAUUGAAAAAAAUUGACGAGAUAUACCAAUGAUUCAAAGGUUUUAAUCGUAUGUUUAUUGGCAACUUAUACUCUUUCAUAAAAUAUUAAAGGAUUCUUUUUUUUAUUUAUGCCUUUAUGUUCAUGCACCUUUUCAAAAAAUAGGUAAUGUGCGUCUUUAGUUUAGCAGUUAGAGUAUUUAUGAAAAUUUUUAAUCGUUUAAUCAUUUUAAAGAGUUUUUGAAUUUACUUUCAGAAGAUACUUUCAUUCAGAUUUCAUUGAUACGUAUUUUUAGUAAUUGGUGCCUUCAAGAAGGCUUUUAGAUUAAAAAAAAUCACAUUUGGAAUUUGAAAGUUUUAAUUUUUAUUUUUAUGGUGUAUGUAUAAUAUUUGACUUUUAGCUUUUUGUUUUAAAACUAAAGGGAAAUACUUCAAGGAGAUCUGUAACAAUUUUAACUUUCAAGAGAUGCUAAAAUAAAAAUUUUAAUUGCUGUA